UGCCGUUAUCGUCAUCGCCGAUUCAGAGUCAUCGAGUUCUCAUCGCAGAACGAACGAGAGGGAACAAUGAAUCUCAGACAGAUGCCGUAUAUAUGCUCGCAAUGCUCUGUCCGGCAUGCGAGAACAUGUUUCCGCAAUGGUGGCGGUUUGUGGGUUUCCCACCUCACUGCACAGCGGAGACAUAACAGUCAAGCCAUCCAGAAUAAUCGGCCAUUCCGGGUUGCCGUUGUGGGAUCGGGACCAGCUGGGUUCUAUACAGCCUAUCGUCUGCUUACGAAGGUUGAAGAUACAGUGGUUGACAUGUAUGAGAAGCUACCUGUGCCGUUCGGACUGGUGAGGUACGGCGUCGCGCCCGAUCAUCCGGAAGUCAAGAACUGUGAGGAGAAAUUUACCGAAGUUGCCGGCUCGCCUCGUUUCAAUUUCAUCGGAAACGUCGACAUUGGCAACACCCUUCCUCUGCAGACCAUCAAGCCACACUAUGACGUUAUUCUCUUCACCUACGGCGCUUCAAAAGACAAGGUACUCGGCAUCCCCGGGGAGACGGUCUCUAGAGGGAUUUACUCGGCUCGGGAAUUUGUAGGAUGGUACAAUGGUUUGCCGGAGCAUCGCGAUCUCGCCCCGGACCUCACUGCCGGAGAAGAGGCCGUGGUGAUCGGACAGGGCAACGUGGCCCUUGAUGUAGCCCGGAUUCUAUUGACAGAUGUUGAUGCUCUGCGUAAAACUGAUAUAACGGAUUACGCGAUUGAAACACUGGCCAGGAGUAAGGUCAAGCGAGUCAGAGUCAUCGGCCGUCGGGGGCCCUUGCAGGCUGCGUUUACUAUCAAGGAAGUCCGUGAGUUACUGCAACUUCCAUCGGUCUCAUUCGAUUCGAUCCCGCCGGAACUUUUCCCGCCGGAAUCGGUUAUUUCGUCUCUCCCUCGAGCUCAGAAGCGAUUGAUCCAGCUUCUCGCCAAGGGUUCAACAAAUGACCCAGGUGCAGCAACGAAAUCUUGGUCCCUGGACUUUCUCUUGUCCCCAACAUCCCUCCACUGUAACACAACAGAUCCCCAGCGCCUGUCCUACGUGAAGUUUUCCCGAAACGAACUGGAUCCAUCCGAUCCAUUUAAGCAUACUUCGACUAUCAUGCCGAAAUACCUCCCCAACGGUGAGCAGGAACAAGUUGAUAUCCCGGCCAACAUACUAUUCCGUAGCGUUGGGUACAAGUCGCUGCCCCUGCCAGGGAUGGAGGAUUUAGGGAUCCAAUUCGACUCCAGACGAGGGGUGAUUCCAAACGACGGGUUUGGACGAGUUACCGGACCAGCUGGGACAGGCAGUGGAAGCAAGCUUCCUGACGGUUCGCUACUUUCCUAUCUUCCAGGCCUGUACUGUGCCGGGUGGGUCAAGCGGGGACCAACUGGGGUUAUUGCGUCUACGAUGACAGACGCAUUCACCACUGCGGAUACCAUUGCCGCUGAUUUGGCAAAUUACAAAGCCCAAGGGGCUGAUCACGCUUCGCCUUCGCUGCUGAACGCACCUGGUCAGAGCAGCGGUCUUGGGUGGGAAGGCGUACGGCCUGAGGCUGAGAGAAGAGGCCUCCAUCCAACGGACUGGAGAGACUGGGCCUUGAUCGAUGCAGCGGAGCGGGAGCGGGGGAAGCAGAAAGGCAAGCUACGCGAGAAGUUUGGAAGUGUGGAAGAGAUGCUAGGAGCACUGUCAUGAUUGGCCUUGGCUGUAUAUAAAUUUUGCCUUUUGUAUAUGCUCUGGAUGAAUCAUCACCAUGAACCUUAAGAGUAGAACAUUUUCGUAUUUCCGAAGGUCGUCAAUGCAGUAAGGAACGAACUUUUCCACACCAUGAAUAGUGCAGUAGACAUGAUCAAGGAGCGACAUUCCGCCGUGUAUAUGCGACAGGAUCAAGAAAAAAACAAGAUGUUGAUAAUAACCCCGAAAUUCAACACUAAAUAAUAAAAACCUUGUUAUCCCCAUAGCAUCUGCAUCUCGUAUUCGAUUCUCCACGGAUCUAUCCGAACAUCCCCACUUCAGGUUUGAAAACUUAAUACCCGCAGUCAACCUCGACGUAGGUAGCCUCGACACGACCCAGCCGCUCCGCAUUGCCAUCAGUCAAGGUAUUCAUAGCAGUCAAGCCGAUGUUGAAACCACUAGUCGAGGUAUCAAUAGCAGUGAUAGUGACGGAGCCCUGGAUAGUGCCCGAGGAGUAGGAGAGCUGGUAGCAUUUCCCACAGUUCGAGCUGGUGCCGUCAGGGAUGGUCAGGGCACCUCCGAGGUUGGGGAAGCUGGGGAAGGAGCCGAGUGUAGGGUAUUUCGAGGAGAGGCUUGCGCCGCAGGCGACGGUGUUCGUCGAGCUGGAUGCGAUGUCGUAGUUGUUGUCCCAGGAGACGGAGACGGUUUGCGCCUGGCGUUUGCUGGUGUCGGGAAUGGCGGAUGCUCCGGAGAGAGCAGUGAAGGGGAUAAGAGCGAGCAGGAAUGAGGCCUUCAUCUUUGCUGGAUCGACUAAGAUAUGUUUAAGAAUGAUUUGUUUAAUUGGAGUUGGCUUUGAGGUUUGUUUGAUUCCUUGCUUGCUUUCUUGCUUGGUCCUAAUUUAUCUCGUCUUCAAGGGAGAUUGUCUGCCCUUGAUAUACCCCGUCUUCGAUAUGCCUCAGUUGCAUCUCCAUUCUGAAUCUGAUCAUACAAUCCCAAGAGUUAUCCCCAUUUCCUAUGCUAUUAUUAGCGCAUCUGACGAGAGUAAAAAUAAGAUUAUGGCGGGUGGUGAGAUGAGGCAGAGCAGAACUAAGACAGCAAACAUCAAGUGAGCCCUUCUGCAGCAUCAUAGCAUCUGCAUUCCACCUCUCAGGCUUGAGAAAAGCGAUCAGACAUCUCCACUUCAAGCAGAAACCGGUAUCUCACGGAUUCUAUGAACGGGUCAUAGCAAAUGUAAUAAAUAAUCAACAGACAGCUUUCGACAGCAACUGCGCCAACCAAAGGCAGGCCCAGAGGAUGGGUUCCCGUGUAUACAGAAACCGGAUCAAUGGGGGCUCUUGGACUCCAAGUCUU